AAGCUUACAAGGUCGUUGGUGCAAAUUUUAAUAUUUAAUAAAUUAAGAUUAGCCUAGCGUGAGCAAGCAACUGUCCAACUUUAACUGCAAUUCUAUGAUAAUAACAUCGCUGUAAUAUAUUUUACAAAUGUUGAGAAUGUUGCAAACGCUGCAAAAGGUUUUCGUUUAUGGCACUUUGAAGAGCGGCGAGCCGAAUCACCACUGGCUGACGACAAAGGCGAAUGGAUUUUCUCGUUUUCUGGCCAAAGGCGCAACGAGUACAAAGUUUCCCUUGGUGAUCGGCACACGUUAUAAUAUACCCUUUCUGCUAAAUAAACAGGGUGUAGGCAAUAAUAUACAGGGUGAGAUUUAUGAAGUGGACGCGACAAUGUUUCAAAAGCUGGAUGAACUAGAAGAAUACCCUAGAUAUUAUGAUCGCGAACUGCAGACAAUAAUAACAGACCAAAAUGAGAAAUUGGAUUGCUGGCUGUAUUUGAUACGUAAUUAUCCCGACAGGAUGCUGUCCAAGCCCUUCCUCAGCUCCUAUCACAAUAGUCCACAGCAGGCGUACAGUGAAAAGUCAGUGCGAGAUCCAAAAAUUGCAGCAAAAGAUGAUUUGUCGUAUUAAAAACUGAAAUUAAUUUAAACAAACUUUGUUCGCAGCUACGCGGAAAGCAGGCCCCAAGAUCUCUUCACGGAUGAAUAAUAGCUGAGAGUGUGGAAACAAUUAUAUAGACAAUUAUAAAAAAAGAAAUGGUAUAACAUUUAUAAACGGAUUUCAACGCAUGGCUAUUAUUCAUACUCGAUUACAUUGAAUCCAUAAAAUUCCAUAAAAAAAAUUUGCAAAACGAAAA